AUGGAAAUGGUGUAUCACAAGCUGCCGCAGUAUGGAUUCUCUGAUUUAUUGCCUUCACGUGCAGGAGGGGAGAGAGAGCGGAUGACGGCCAACCAUGAGACCUACCUGCUCAUGUCCAGCUCUCAGAACGAUAUGGAGGAUUGGGUGAAGACGAUACGGAGAGUGAUCUGGGCGCCUUUUGGGGGAGGCAUCUUUGGUCAGAGGCUGGAGGAGACGGUGCGAUACGAGCGGCGAUUUGGGAACAAACUGGCCCCGAUGCUGGUGGAGCAGUGCGUGGCCUUCAUCCGACAGCGGGGGCUUCAGGAGGAGGGGCUCUUCAGGCUCCCGGGACAGGCCAACCUGGUGAAAGAGCUGCAGGAGGCCUUCGACUGCGGAGAAAAGCCCUCGUUUGACGGCAACACGGAUGUGCACACAGUGGCCUCGCUUCUGAAGCUGUAUCUGCGAGAGUUACCUGAGCCUGUGAUUCCGUUCCACAACUACAAUGACUUUCUGUCCUGCGCCAAAGUGCUCAGCAGAGACGAGGGAAUGAAGGAGCUGAAAAAACUGGUGGACAGUCUCCCUCCAGUGAACUACAACCUCCUCAAGUACAUCUGCAGGUUUUUAGAUGAAGUGCAGUCGUACUCAGGGGUCAAUAAGAUGAGUGUGCAGAAUCUGGCCACGGUGUUCGGACCCAACAUUCUGCGGCCCAAGGUUGAAGAUCCAGUAACGAUCAUGGAAGGUGCUGUUUUGGUCCAGCAGCUCAUGGCCGUUCUGAUCGGUCGCCAUGACGUCCUGUUCCCACGCGGCGAUGACAGUCCCGCGGCCCUCGAGCUCGCUAACAACAACAACACGGACCUCUCCCGGCAGCAGGCGACCUCCAUCACCUCCGACACCCUCGUGACCCAGAACGCCGAGAACAACAACGUGGUGCAGGUGUCUCGCCAGUGCGUGUGGGAAACCUCCAACUCUCCGUCUCCUUCUCACAAACACACGGACGACAGCAGCUCCCCGAGGUCGGAGAGUCCUCGGAUUGAAGCCAUAAGCAGCUUCGACGUCACCCGCAGCCCGCCUCUGACCGUGAAGAAGAACCCAGCUUUCUCUAAAGGCGGCGGCAUCGUGACCAACGGCUCGUUCAGUUCCUCUCCGUCUGCGGACCCCUCGCUGCAAAAACUGAUCAAAUAUGAGUGUUCUCAGGACAAGCUUCUGGCAGUGACAGGGCGACGCACCAACACUCUCAAAGGAUCAGGUACAAAGAUGGGGACCGGAGGAGGAGGCGUGACCAGUACGAGCGGAGCCGGAGUCGUACGAAUGGGUGUUUUGAGCACGGAGAGAAACGCCCAAUGGGGACCCAACGGCAGCGUGACCUUACGAGACGGCGGCAAAGUCACGAUCGAUCAGAUUUCCAACCAGAAUCGCUUGUCCACGUACGAUAACGUCCAGGUUAACCACCAGAACGUCCUGCACCAAAACCAACUCAACAACACGUGUCUGAGCAGCAGCUGCGAGGACAAGCAAAGCGUAGACAGUGCCACGUGGUCCACCUCCUCCUGCGAGAUCUCUCUCCCGGACAACUCCACCUCCUGCCGCUCCUCCACCACCACCUGCCCCGAGCACGACUUCUACACCGGUCACUUCGAAGACCUGCAGCCUCCGGAGACGGCGACGAUAGCGGCAGGGGGCGGAGAGGAGAGAGGCGGAGUCAGCAGCAGCAGCAGUGGUGGGGGCGGGUCCUGUAGCAGCGAGAAUCCGGACUCGUUCUCUGGGAGCCACAGCGCCCUGCACAGCCUGGUGGCCAGCCUCAAACAGGAAAUGCACAAACAGAAGAGCGAGUACGAAGCCAGGAUUAAGAGCCUGGAGCAGCGGAACUCUGAGCUGGAAACGGAGAUGGUGAGUCUUCACGAGGAGCUGGACCAGGAGAAGAAGAAGUACACCAUGGUGGAAAUCAAACUACGGAACGCGGAGAGAGCGAAGGACGAUGCCGAGCGCCGCAACCACAUGCUGCAGAAGGAGAUGGAGCAGUUCUUCUCCACCUUCAGCGACCUCACGGCAAACAACAGCCCAGCCACGGAGCCCCGGAGGACGGACCGCAACAACACCAUCUGGAUACAGUAG